UUGUAGUGAUAGUUUUGUUCACAAGUUUAAGGUAGAUUGUUGUUGUGCGGAAAUAGUUUAAGUGUUUUAAAUUAGAGAAUUGCUGUUCAGAAAAAAUGAGCUCAGAAAAUACGAAAACGUUCGCGGAAAAGCAGGCAGAACGUAUGAAACGUCUCCGCAGUCUGCACACGCUCAGGAACGAAGCACGAAGUCACAACCACAAGGAAGUGAUCGCUGAAGAUGCACGCAAUAAACUUCCAGCGAACUACGAGAGCCGCAAACGGCGUGCAGAAUGGGUGUUAAACGACCAGAAGGAACGCGAGGAAGCAACGAAACGCGGCGAAGACUACGACAGGGUGAAACUGUUAGGAAUAUCAGCUGUGGAAGCAGAAAAACUCGAACGAAUGAAGAAGAAAAAGAACCCUGAUCAAGGAUUUUCAGAUUUCGAAGCCGCCAGCGUUCGACAAUACAAUAGAUUGAUUAAAAGCCUCCCACUGAAAGACAUGGAAAGGUAUGAGGAGCAAAAAGAAAAAUAUGGAGAGGCCUUUUAUGCAGGACCAAACACAAUAAUUCAUGGUUUGCAUGAAGAUAGACCAGAAGCUGUUGAUAAUUUGGUUAAAAGUGUAGAAGAACAAAUUGCAAAACGCAGUAAAUAUUCAAGAAGAAGGACUCAUAAUGAUGAUGCUGAUAUUGAUUAUAUUAAUGAGAGGAAUGCGAAGUUUAAUAAAAAAUUGGACAGAUUUUAUGGGGAAUACACAUCUGAGAUUAAACAGAAUUUGGAAAGGGGAACUGCUGUAUAAAUAUUGGUGUCCUGUACAAAGUUUAGGUGUAAGGUUUAUUUAUAGUGAGUUCAUCAAUUACUUUUUUACUCAAUAAUUUUAUGUAAAUAGAAAUAAAAGUAAUCUGUAAAUCUAUAAUGAAUAAUAUAUUGUGUAUGUAUAUUAAGAAA